AGCAGCCCUGAGCUCAGAGCGCCCGCGCCGCGGGAGCUCGCUCGCACCAUUGGUGAUCGAAUGGCGCCUGCCAUGGGGAGGAGCGCCGACCCGCGGCGCCACGCCCAGUCCGCGGCCAAGGCCGGGAGGCAGCAGCAGCGAUGCGCCGUCGAGGAGACGGAGUCGGACGAAGACGCGAUCGAGGAGCUCGCGAAGCGCCGGCGCGUCCAGCGCCAGCCGGAGGCCGCCGCCGUGCGGGUCGCGAGCGGGCCGCCCGGGAGCGACGCGAUCUGCUGGCACUUCGCGGGCAGAGGCGGCCCGCCGUCAUUUUUCGAGGGCUCCGGGAUGAUGACUUGGCAGUUCCAGGUUUCUGCCUGCUGGGUACGAACUGCCCGCUGCGGCACCCUGAGGAGGCCUCGAGUCUCUGCAAGCCGCCGUCGUCGGCGCCGCCGCUUGCGCCCAGGGCCGGUCCACGAGCUGCUCUUGGUGAGGGCUCGGGGGCCGCCGCGACGCCCGGCGCCAUGGGCAGGCCAGGCCUCCGGCCGCUGGCGCCGCUCGCGCCGGCGCAGUCGGGCGCGCCGCCGGGCGCCCAGGCCGCGGCUCUCCUGAAACAGGCCACCGCGCUGAGGGCCCCGAGCGCCGGGCGCUCCUGGCUCGACGCCCUCGCGGCGGAGGACGACCCUGGAGUUCCAGGAGUUCAGGCCG